CUGGAGUAUCUUAAAUUCUUUGACAUUCACUCGUUUGAAGGACUUGCUAUUUCGAGAGUGAUACUGUAUUAGUGAAACAUUUUCCUAUAAAUGUAAGCCUUCUGCUCCACAUAUUCAGCACCUAGGCCUAGUGAUAUCUUGACAUCUUCAUUGAAAAAAAUGCUAUUGCUAGAAAUUCUUCUAAUAAAUAAUUGUAUGGACAACUAGUAGAAACGUAUAGAAAAUGUCGAUUUCCAGCUUUGUAUUUGACAAAUAUGACACUGUUUCAAUGCCGUUUUUCUCCCUUUCUCUGGUUCGCAAUGCGCGUGCGCUCUGCAUCCAUCUGUGUACCACACAUCGAGGAAUUUGUAAGCUUAAAUAAAGAUGCUCAACGUAUCGGCUCCGUGGUGCCUUCGAAUCGGCGAAACUGAUUUAUCCUGAAAGGAAAACAGAAGAGCAGAACUCAAUAUAGGAUUUUAACAAACCUUUCCACAACCCAUUAAAGUCAUAGUGUAUCAUAAAUCAAUUCCAGCUAUGGAAUUGAAGAAAUCAAUUUCCGAUACCGAGCGCUCAUUGAAGAGCUACGGCUCUGUAUCCGAAACGGAAUGGACAAAAGACAAAGAUGAGUCAGAUGUGUCCAUGGCAGAGAGCAUCAUGUCUCCAGAUGAGAUUGAAGUGGAGAUGGCUCGCAUCCAGCGCCUCAGAGAGGUGCUAGUAAGGAGGGAGUCUGAACUGCGCUUUAUGGCGGACGACAUCCAGCUCUGCAAAGACAUCAUGAGUCUGAAACAGGAGCUGAGGAAGGUGGUAACUGUACCAGAGAGAGAGAAGACCAAGAAACAGAGACAGUGGGAGGAGGAGUUGAUCCUGAAAAUCCAUAAACUGGUGCAGAAGAGGGAUUUCCUAGUGGACGAUGCAGAGGUGGAGAGAUUAAGGUAGAACUGUGGUCCGAGGGAGAUGGAGGGAGGGAAGUGG